AUAAAAAAACUACAUCAACUCUUUCUUUCUUAAACCAAAAAAUAUAUAUAGACAAACAUCCUGAAAACUCUCCUACUGAAAAGCAACAGGAUAUAUCUAGAACUAAUGAAAGUAACAAUACUCAAGCUAGCAUAUUCAAAAAAACAGAUACUAUAAUUAUAACUACUAAAGAUACAAAUAUAGAGAAAGACUCAAAACUUAGAAAAUUAGCUUGA